UUAUUGUUCUGUUUUCUUCCAAAAUAUAUUUAAUUAUUUUUUAUAGUUUUUAGAUAUCCGGUAAUACAGAGCAUUGAGGCAAAGUGUUGGCAUACAAUAAUAGGGGAGUUGACGAUCUUGGGACUGUGCAUUCCCUGCAUAGGCUGUCUUAAAAUGUCCAUAGCAACCUUCCUGUUUUAGCUAACUUGUUGUGGUCACGUCUCUACAACAUGUCUGGAUUGGAUGAUUGAAAUUAUGUUCUAUGCAAGGAAAGUGAAAACCAAACAAAAGCAUGUUUGGAGCUGAAAACGUUAUCACAGAAUCUGAAAAAAUGACACCAAUCAAAUCUGCCAGAGACAGAGCUUUCUUAGAAUCUCUUGGUGAAUACAUUCAACGUGAGAAGGAACGUCUGAUGUGUCCAGUUGAGGGGCCUGAUGAGCAACGUUACAUCAUUUACAGCUCUGCAUUUGAUAAGGUAAUUGAGUAUUCAACUGCAUACAAAACACUCCUCACUGCCAUCAAAAAAGAGUAUGAUGAUUUCAUUUGUGCCAUAAAAAAGACUGACCGUGAUGCCAAGCUGGUGCAUGGGAAGCUAAAGGCAAUGUUGGCCCAGCCCACCUCGCUUAUGUACUGUCAAAGAAGAGCUGUCCAGCUUCAGGAAAGGAUUGCCAUAAUUCAGAGAGACACUGCAGCGUUGCAAGCUGAGCUCAAGAGACUACAGGAUUCGAGAAGAGACAAGAGAUCAUCAUUGCAUCAGGAGACCUCUGACUGCAAGACACGAUGGCCUGUUGGGCAAAUUCCAGGUCUGACAUUUGAUGAGUCAAUGAACCCAGCAGCUCUGGCGAAGCAUUUAGAAUACCUUGAGCGGAAACGAGCUAGCCUGCAGAUUAAGAGGAAGAGCCAGUAUGUGUCUGUUUCUGUCAAGGCUGAUUUGGACAACAAAAUGUGUUUUGCCAUGGACCAGAGGGAUGAGCUGGCAGUAGAGAAUGAGAGACUCCAACUGCGAUACAAACAGAUGACGUUUUUGAAUGACUCCCUCAUUUCCUGGGAACAGACAAGAUGCAAAGUCCCCCUGCUUGACUUCCUCACUUCAAAAUUGAAAAGUAUAUUUCAUCUCAAAGUGAGUGACACUGAUUUUCCUGGCAUAAGUGCAGCUGUGUUUGAAGAAGAUGAUCCCAGCAAAGUCAAUGAAUCUGAGCUCUUGGUGGAUUACGUUGAAAGAUUCAUUGACCUAUUUGAGGGAGGUGAAUAUGAGGCAGCAGCUUUCCAUGCUGCCAAAUCCCCGCAUGGAGUAUUGAGAAAUAUGGAGACAAUGGAAAGGUUCAGAGCGGUAACAGUGUGUCCAGGCCAGGGGGAGCUACCCCCUCUACUCCUCUUCUUCCAGGCCCUCAUGAUUUCAGUGCAUGCUGGGAAACAGCUGCCUGGGGAGAUGCUGUCGGUGGAGGCUGUCCGGUGUGCCGUGCAGUACAACUGUUUAGAGCUGGUCACGUACUGGGUAACCCAGAAGAGGCUAACGUACAGCGAGGCUCUGGGGGAUGUGAUCAGUGAGCGUGGCGGCGUAAAGCUGCCGACGUCCGACACGUGUCUUGCCCUUGCCCAUAUCAUCUACAAGGCCUGCGGUGUGCUCAGGAAAGUCGCACUGUGCUUGUGCAAAAGAGGCAUGACCAGCAGUGCCGUUGAGUGCAUCUAUCAGAACAAAGGCUUUACUGCAGACGACUGUCUGUUUGUGCUGAGGGCCAGUCCCAGUCUGGCCCUGCUCCAGGCAUUGACUCAGCAGUAUCAGGGACAGAAUGCACUGCUUUCUGUGGGCUUUGCCUGUCAUGCUCUGCUGAACUCUGACCUGGAAGACCUGGCCCUGCAGAUGGUGGAGAAUAUACAUUCAAGUGGACAGGGUGCUUUGGAGAAGGUGAUCCUGGAUGAUGCUGGAUGUUCUGCGGAGAACUGGGUUGAGGUAGCGGGUCGCUGUGGGCAGAGGAAGAAACCUUUGCUAGCCCAGGAAAUCUGCUCCAUCCUGCUUUCUAAGACAGGGGCAAGCCUGUCCCCAAGCAUAUAGAGAUGCCAGCUGGUGUAGCACAUGUUCAUGUGAAGAUACAGUCACAAGAGGGCGCCCAUGGGACAGAUCCUUACCAUCAGUCCAAUACAGGCCUCCCACCCAGACCGGCCCAGUCAUAACACACUGCAUCAUGCUGCUCAUUGAUCACAGACAGAAAAUUUUACUUUGAUUGCUGUCGUUGUGUCAAGUUCUCUAUUAUAAGCACUUAUAUGUUGUUAAAUAUAUCUUGAACAGCGCCACACAUCAACUAAUAGUAGGUUUGUCAGGUAAUCUUCAAUAUAAUGUACUUUAAAGACGACUUAUCAUUUCAAACAGUUCAAGCCUUAUAUUACAAAAUUGUUGCUACGUGUUUAGAUUUAGAUCAAAGGGGACUCUGACAUCCCAAAUAAUUAUUGACAAGCUCUGCAGACUAUUGAAUUUCUCUUUGGUAAUUUCCUGGCUCCAGAAAUCCACUGAUGCUCAUAUUAGUCAUCUUUCCCACAGAGAUAAGACCUGAUGGCUGCUCCCUGAGAGGUGUGUUAUUAUGUCACCAUAAAUACAUGGUCACAAUAGCAGAUAGACUGGCAGCACAGUGGCCUACCUCUGACAGAGUGGGCCCAUUGUCCCAGGGCAUGACCAGGCUCAGUCACCCAGCCAUGUUAGAACGAAUUAAGCUUCCGCACAGCACAAACAACACCCAUCAAUAAACACAGCCUUCAGUUUCCCAGGCCACCGCCUAAGAAACACCAAGAUACACUGGGCUGACUGUGCUUACGAUCCCCACAGUAAAUCAAUUCUGCUCAUGUCUGUUGGCGCAUCGCUGGGUGUGUCUGUUUCAUCCGCUAAUGGGUUAUAAAUGGACUUGUGUGGUAGAUGUCCUUGAAUUUCAUACUUAUUCAUACCCAGAGAGGAUCCAUUGUGGUAUUGAAAACGCCUCUCAUACAGACUUUGAUUAGUAUUUGCUAAAAGAAAAAAGUGUUGUGAUUAUCAAUAUAAUUUAUGCUGGUCACUCUCCAGGCACCAGAGCAGUUUGACCUUAACAAUCCGUGCUGUUAGCCUUUUAAACAUCAAUAAUUAUAAUGUUACAACAAAGACGCUAAGACCGUGUCAGACCGCAGACUGCGGGGGUGGCUGGUAUCCAAUGGAGACAUUCUGCCGCCGAGGUUCAGGGAGAAAAAAGAGGGGGCUGGCAAUAAGUAAAUUAAGAUGGAGAGAAAGAUUCAGAUAUGGCAUCCCUAUUUAGUGAGAGUAACGAGCGGAGAGAAAAAUACAGAUCAAGAAAGAGAGGAACAAAGAGAGGGAGACUGAAAGGCAGGAAAUGCUGGUGAUAAUGCUGAAUCAGAGCCGCAUGGCUCCACCCCUGCUGCUGUUAUUGAUCCCCUGCAGUAAGAAGAGCUGGAUCUGGCCUGGCCUGCAGAUGGCCCCACCGCUGACGCUGCGCCCAAGUCACCCUAGAGCUCUGCUUCCUCACCCGUGCCUAGUGUCCUGCCCUGUUGCCUACCUCAGCCGGGGUUUUCUGUGUCAUGGGGUGUUGUAUAACAUGACAAGAUACACAAGCAUAAAACCAGCGCAGUCAGAAGAGGAAGGGACAGGCAAACGGGUCAUAGGGGACAUCAUUCAUAAUGUAAUGUAAUGUAUAUACAGUGCUUAAGUGUGUUUGUUUGUCAAUAGGCAAAUACAGAUGUAGAUUUGAUCCCACCCCUGAGCUUCUUUAAACCCCUCCCACCCAUCUCUGUAGACCCUCUUAUGGUUGUCCAAUGCCGUAUAUUGCAUUUGUCAACUAUGCUCAGAUUUUUUUUUACAUGGAACUCAAACCUUUCUAAUUGCAUAUUAUAAAUAGAUUAUUAUGUUGAUUUAGACUUGCCCACUGACUUUAGAUGUAUCUGUGCAAGCAGCCUGGAUUUUACUAUCCGAAGUCGAUUUCUAGAUUGCAAAAACAAUGUAACCAUUCUGAUUGUUCCUGGAAACUGAUGGGUUGUGUAAUAGCCAGAACAGACUUGGAUAACAAAGUGUUAGGGACACUUAUCAUUGGAUUUGAUCUUUAGUUAGGGAAGUACACAGCAGACACAGAGCAGUUAAGGAUUCCAGUUUGAAUCAAACAUGACAUUCCAAGCAUUUCAGUGGAACAGCUCUUUAACCAGGGACAUUCAUCUCAUUUUAACAGUUGAGUGGUGUUAUUUUGCCUUCAUAUUAUGGAAAUAUUAUAAAAGAGAGGAAGAUCAUGUACAUUUGACUGGACUGGGCCUUUAAAGAAAUUGUUCCCUGCACCAGCCAGCCUGUCAGAACCUGUCAGGCUUUUACAUCUGUAUAUUCCAGCUCCAGCGUGUUUCUUGUCUACUAGAGUGUGGCACAGAUAUGGGCCAUCUCCCCAGCCUGGGCUGUUUAUGUGAAUAGACAGCCAUGUGUAGCACACAGCCUCUGGUCAAGAUAGAGCUCAGUGCAGUAGUGAAUGAGGGCAGGCGUUCCUCAUUUCUCACAUUCUUUUGUCCAGACAGUGUAAGCAGCGGUGUGACUUACUUUUAUGCCUUUUUGAAAUAGUUUGAUUCUUCUUUAAUGGUAUUGCUAGUGGAAUGAGGUUACGGUUUUAAAAAGAAUAUGGUCGGGAAAAAUAGCUGCGUCAAGCCUAUUAUUUCUUAACUGUGACAUGACCGUGUUGCACAUUUGUACGUGGGAAGAUUAAUCUCUGGAUUACACAGUGCUUCGCACUUCCUAUUGUUGCUUCCUGGGUUGACUGUGUAUAUUUAGCUCUGUUGUAGUGCCUUGUCCAGUUUGUUGAUAUUUCCAUGGAUUAAAGCAGUGCCACAUUAGGUUUGCAGCAGGAAUGGAAAAUUCUUCAUUGAUUUCCAGUAUGACAGAUGGGGCAGAGGGACUGCUUUGUUGUGCAGCUGUCUUCAGUAAAUUGGGACCAAAUAUCUACUCUGCAGGGUUGGUGUAUGUGCAACACAGCAAAUAGAUUAGGGUCAGAAAUACUUGUCUCAAAUAAAACAAGAUAAACCUUUGUGUCAGGAUCAAUAACGAAUGUCAAAUUCUGCGGCACCAGUGAUGAGACUCUCUUUAAAUGUUGUUCAGAAUGUUACAUUUACAGUUCAGCAAAGUUCUUGGAUCUUAUUGUGCGUUUAACACCUGAAACAUGACCGUUCUCUGUCAGAAAA